AUGUCGUCUAACGUUGCAGGUUUUUCCACCAGAGUUCCUGUUAUUCCACUAUCUGAUCUUUCUUCAUCUGAUCUUCCGACAGUGAAGGAAUUGAAUACUCCCGAAAAACUUAGUAGUUUUUUGAAAAGAAGACUAAAAAACCUUGAUAGUCAUAUAAAUACCUUAAUAGCUCAAGAGGUGGAUGGCGAAGCUUUCCUUGAGACAACCCAAGAAGAUCUUACAAAACUAGAAAUACCUCUUGGUCCAGCCAAAAAAAUCUUGAAGCUGAUUAAUGAAAUUAAAGGUG